AUGGAUCCACUCAACCAGCCAUUGGCCGACUUUAUGGCAGAGUAUCGGCUCCCACUCCAAAAAGUCUGGGUGAUUGACUUAUUUAGACGCCUGUGGGAUAUAGAUAAAUGGGAAGUCGAAGCAGGCUCGCAAGUCUUCGGUGGCCUCGGCAGUCCGUCCAACUUCUUUGACUACCCAGGCGCUUCGAGGGAAAAUGUCAAAAUUCAGUUGCAUUCAUGGAUUCUGCCUCUCUUCAGCCAGCAGCUUAACGCUCUCCUGCCACUGCUAGACCCGGCCGAAUUUCAGAAAGAUCCAGGGACAAAACUCGCGCUAAUCUUGCAGCUCCAAGCCGGAAUCGCUCACUCCAUGAUUCGAGUCCAAUCCGCGCUUGCCCUCAUCUGUCCUCGACCAUUAUAUUUCAUAGACCAGACCAAUGAUCGACAUGGGGGACAAUUCAAAACGUAUAGGCUUCAUAUGAUUCUUGACGCAACCGAAAAUAUAAUCAGCGAUCCGUGCGAAUUUUUUUAUUGGGCCGGGGAACGCAUCAGACAAAUGGGGCUCUCUACGCAGCAAUCGACUCACGAAGAUGACUCACAUUCUGAAUGUGAGCUAACCCAUGUUGAUGCGAUUGAUCUGAUUGAAUGGACCAUCGAGUACUUGAAAACAGAAUCUGAGAUGGAGUUUAUCCAAAGAUUCAGUGGAACGGUUUGGAUCGAUGGUUUGCUCAGAAGUGCAUUACUGAUGCUCGACCCAAAAGCUCACUUUCAAUUGGCAGAGCAUGAGCAAUAUUAUACAGUGGAAAUCGUCCGCGAACCGGUGAUCGAGCUCCUCAAAUUGCUAGUACCAAUCGCGAAGCUUUCCCGCAUGUUUUUCGGAACCUUGAAGAAGAUCGUCAGCAGGAAGCACCUAUCAUCCUAUUCGGAGAUGAACUCUGCUCAACUAGGCUCUGUAUGUCACUCUUGUCAGGUAACUGGCCAUGGUCUAAACAGCCUGUUGGAACUCCUGAGCGAAGCCAAUGUUGCGAUCUCCCCAGAUGAAACCUACCGUAUUUGCGAAGACAUCAUAGAUAUUUCGACUCACUCCAAACCAGGUGGAUUGCUCAUGAUCCUCCUUCAUCUUAUCCCCAUGAUCCCCGAAACCGAUGGCCUUCCUGAUCAGAAUUACUAUCAAAGUUGGUUUUGUAGGUGGCAUAUUCUGAUGAUUUUAGCUAUUGACAACUUUCAAACUUCUGCCCGAAGAUUUCAAGAGACGGUGUCAUAG